GCAGCUGAUAGUGCCGAUUGUUUUGUUUACCUCGCUUUAUGGGUUUAUGAGGACCAUACGUUGCCCCUGCCCGUACCAGACGACAUAACACACGUUGUAUUUAUCUUGUCCGCCGAGUCAACGAAGUAGACGUCCUUACCUCAACAAUCAGUGUCAAACACUCGACUGACCUGCUAGACUGGUGCAUUGCAUUGUUACCCACACCAUGCAAUCACACAAAUGAAACUACCAGUUUACUAAUCUUACACCCAUUAUCUGUCUGUGUAAUUACCACAGAUCGUGCACAUUGUACACCUCUCAGUUUAUCAAAGUUCAGAAUGACUUCCGUAGCAGGCGAAAAACCAUCAACCUUAAAGAAGAAGAAUGAGAAGAAAAUCGCCGCCAAGGAAGAAUACAGAUUGCUAUCCAACACCAUGGGAGUCAUGAACAACCUGAGAAGACAGGGCACUCUUUGCGACGUCAUCCUUGUGGUCCAGGGCAAGCACAUUAUGGCCCACAGAGUGGUGCUUGCUGCAGCCAGCCAUUUCUUCAACCUCAUGUUCACCACCAACAUGAUGGAGUCGACGGCCCAUGAGGUGGAGCUGAAGUGUGCGGAGCCAGAUAUCAUUGAGCUGCUGGUGGAGUUUGUCUACACUGCACGAAUCUCCGUGAACAGCAGUAACGUCCAGUCCUUGCUGAACGCUGCCAAUCAGUACCAGAUUGAGCCUGUGAAGAAGAUGUGUGUGGACUUCCUCAAAGAUCAAGUCGAUGAAACCAACUGUCUAAGCAUCAGUGCUCUUGCUGAGUGUCUGGACUGCCCGGAGCUGAAGGUGGCAGCGGACGACUUCAUCCACCAGCACUUCACCGACGUGUACAAGCUGGACGAGUUCCUGCAGCUGGACGUGUUUCAGGUCACUCAGCUGCUGCAGCAGGACACGCUCACCGUCAGAGCAGAGGAUCAGAUAUACGACGCUGCGGUGAGGUGGCUGAAGUACGACGUUCUGAACAGGCAGAAGUACAUCGUGGACGUGCUGGGUAAAGUGCGCUUUCCCCUGGUGUCCAAGGGCUUCCUCAGUAAGACCGUUCAGGCCGAGCCACUCAUUCAGGACAACCCAGAGUGCUUGAAGAUGGUCAUCAGUGGGAUGCGUUAUCAUCUGUUGUCCCCUGAGGACCGUGAGGAGCUGGGCGAGAGCAGCCGUCCGCGCAGGAAGAAACACGACUUUCGCAUCGCACUCUUCGGUGGCUCACAGCCCCAGUCCUGCAGAUACUUCAACCCCAAGGACUACAGCUGGACAGACAUCCGAUGUCCGUUUGAGAAGCGGCGGGACGCCACGGCCGUGUUCUGGGACAACGUGGUCUACAUCCUGGGCGGCUCGCAGCUCUUCCCCAUCAAGAGGAUGGACUGCUACAACGUGGUGAAGGACAGCUGGUACUCCAAGCUGGGGCCACCCAACCCGCGCGACAGCCUGGCCGCCUGCGCCGCCAAGGGCAAGAUAUACACCUCAGGAGGGUCGGAAGUGGGGAGUUCGGCGCUGAACCUGUUUGAGUGCUACGACACGCGGACGGAGACGUGGCAGAACAAGCCCAGCAUGUUGAUGCCACGCUGCAGCCAUGGCAUGGUGGAGGCCAACGGCCUCAUCUACGUCUGCGGAGGCAGCCUCGGCAACAACGUCUCCGGGAGGGUCCUCAACAACUGCGAGGUCUACGACCCCUCCACGGAUGAAUGGCGGGAGUUGUGUGCCAUGAGAGAGGGCAGGAAGAACCACGGGCUAGUGGCGGUCAACAACAGGAUAUAUGCUGUCGGAGGGCAGGGGGGACUGGGUGGCCUGGACACGGUGGAGUACUACGAGAUCGGCACCAACGAGUGGAAGCCGGCUGCCCACAUGCCGUGGCGCGGCGUGACGGUGAAGUGUGCGGCGGUGGGACAGGUCAUCUACGUGCUGGCCGGUUUCCAGGGAGUGGGCCGCCUAAACCACAUCCUGGAGUACUACACAGAGACGGACAAGUGGGUGUCCUGCACCAAGGUGCGCGCCUUCCCGGUCACCAGCUGCCUUAUCUGCGUGGUGGACACCUGUGGUGCCAACGAGGAGGAGGUGGUGUCCAGCGAUACCCUGCACGCGUCUUCGUCUGUGUCCAAGUCAUCGUCCUCCUAGCGGUUUUGCACAUGAUGGAAAGGACUAUGUAUGUGUGGGUGUGGGUGGGUGUUUGUGUGUAUGUAUAUAUGUGUGUGUGUGUGUGUGUGUGUGUAUGUGUGUGUGUGUGUGUGUGUGUGUGUGUAUGUAUGUAUGGGAGGGUCAAUAUUGCCCUUUCUGGUUGUAUUUCUUAAAGAUUUGGAUAGCUGGAUAUUGGGGAAAGAUGUGUUUUACUUUUUUUACACCAUGAAUGAAAGUGGAAACGUUUUUAACUUGAUUUAUGGCUGCAAUAUGGACAUCUGUUGUUCAUUCAAGGAGUUUGCCUAGAAAACCACAGCAAUAAAUGAAUAAAUAAAUCACGUUUUUGAA